UGGCUACGGAUUUGAUCCUCAACUCUUUAACAAAGAAAUUUGAGAGCUUUGUUAUGAAUUACAACAUGAAUGGAUGGGACAAGAGCAUUGGUGAGCUUCAUGCAAUGCUCAAAACGGCCGAAGCAAGUAUGGGCAAAAAGGCUUUACCCGUCCUAGCGAUCAAUGAAGGAGGAAAUAAGAAAAGGCCCCACCCCGACUCUAAAGCAACCAAUGCUAAAAGAAAGGGACACGUCAAGGGAAAGGGAAAAGGAAAAGCUAAAGCAGAACCCGCCAAACCAAAAGACAAGAAGCAAAAGGUUGCUUCGAAUGACCCAUGUUUUGAAUGUGGUGAGAUAGGACAUUGGAAGAGAAAUUGUCCGACCUAUCUCAAAGAGUUGAAAAACAAGAGGGAUGCAGGGCAAACCUCAGGGGUUCAAAAGAAAUAAACAUUACAAGAAGGGGGACACUAGUCUCUUUAUGGGCAACGGAGCAAAAGUUGAAGUCGAGGCUCAAGGAGACUACGUUUUAGAACUUCCAAGUGGUUUGGAAGUUAUUUUGAAGAAUGUUUUGUAUGCUCCUAGUUUGACUAGGAACAUAAUUUCAGUUUCCCUUUUAAAACAAUCUGGUUUCAAUUUCGAAUUUGUUAACUAUGACAUCUAUGUUUCUAAGAAUGAUGUGUUUUAUUUUAAAGCUAUGUCUUUAAAUGGUAUUUAUGA